GCCCCGCGUGCCGGCCCCUCCCUCUCCUUUCCGCGGCUGCCCGCGGGCGCUCGCGUCUCCUUCCCGGUUCCCGCCGCCGCGCCCCCGCGGACCGCCGGCCUCCCGGACCCGAGCGAUGCCUCCUCUGCGCAAAGUUGCCGCCGCCGCCGCCGCCGCCGCGGGGCGCUGAGCAGAGUCCGGCAGGGCCGCCUCCGGGCGAGGAGCGCAGGGCGCCCGGGGCUGGACUCCGCGGCGGGGCGUGUGCCGCCCGCCCCGGAGAGCGCGGCUCGCCGGCCAUGGCCCAGGGCGCGGCGGGCAGGGAGGGUCCCGCGCCGCCCGACGCGGCCGGGGGCGAAGACGACCCCCGAGGGGGCCCGGACGCCGCCUGCGGGGAAGGCGUGGCUGCGGCCGCCGGGGGCCGCUGGAGGGACCGCCGCAGCGGGGUCGCGCUGCCCGGCGCUGCGGGGGCCGCGGCUGACAGCGAGGCGGGCCUCCUGGAGGCGGCGCGCGCGACCCCCCGGCGCAGCAGCAUCAUCAAGGAUCCUUCAAACCAAAAAUGUGGUGGAAGAAAGAAAACAGUGUCUUUCAGCAGCAUGCCCUCGGAAAAGAAAAUUAGCAGUGCGAGUGACUGCAUCAGCUUCAUGCAAGCUGGCUGUGAACUGAAGAAGGUCCGGCCAAAUUCUCGUAUUUAUAACCGUUUUUUCACUCUGGACACGGACCUCCAAGCUCUUCGCUGGGAACCUUCCAAGAAAGACCUUGAGAAAGCUAAGCUUGACAUUUCCGCUAUAAAAGAAAUCAGACUGGGGAAGAACACAGAAACAUUUAGAAACAAUGGCCUCGCUGACCAGAUUUGUGAGGACUGUGCCUUUUCCAUACUCCAUGGGGAAAACUAUGAGUCUCUGGACCUAGUUGCCAAUUCAGCAGACGUAGCAAACAUCUGGGUGUCAGGUUUACGGUACCUGGUUUCUCGAAGUAAGCAACCCCUAGACUUUAUGGAGGGCAAUCAGAACACACCAAGAUUCAUGUGGUUGAAAACGGUGUUUGAAGCAGCAGAUAUCGAUGGGAAUGGGAUUAUGUUGGAAGACACCUCUGUAGAGUUAAUAAAACAGCUCAACCCUACCCUGAAGGAAUCCAAGAUCAGGUUAAAGUUUAAAGAAAUCCAGAAGAGCAAAGAAAAACUAACGACACGAGUGACAGAAGAGGAAUUUUGUGAAGCUUUUUGUGAACUCUGCACCAGGCCAGAAGUAUAUUUCUUACUGGUACAGAUAUCUAAAAACAAAGAAUAUUUGGAUGCCAACGAUCUCAUGCUCUUUUUAGAAGCUGAGCAAGGAGUCGCCCAUAUUACUGAGGAUAUGUGCUUAGACAUUAUUCGGAGAUAUGAACUUUCCGAAGAGGGACGUCAAAAAGGGUUUCUUGCAAUUGAUGGCUUUACCCAGUAUCUGUUGUCACCAGAAUGUGACAUUUUUGAUCCUGAGCAGAAAAAGGUUGCUCAAGAUAUGACGCAGCCAUUAUCUCACUACUACAUCAAUGCAUCCCACAACACCUAUCUCAUAGAAGACCAGUUCAGGGGCCCGGCUGAUAUUAAUGGAUAUGUUAGAGCUUUGAAAAUGGGCUGUCGUAGCAUUGAACUUGAUGUCAGUGAUGGUUCAGACAAUGAACCGAUCCUUUGUAAUCGAAAUAAUGUGACAACACACCUUUCCUUUCGAAGUGUCAUAGAGGUGAUAAAUAAAUUUGCCUUUGUUGCUUCUGAGUACCCACUCAUUCUUUGUUUGGGAAAUCACUGCUCCCUACCACAGCAGAAGAUAAUGGUUCAACAGAUGAAAAAGGUCUUUGGCGAUAAGCUCUAUAUAGAGGCGCCUUUGCCAUCAGAAACCUACCUCCCAUCACCAGAAAAAUUGAAAAGAAUGAUUAUUGUGAAAGGAAAGAAAUUGCCUUCUGACCCAGAUGUUUUAGAAGGAGAAGUAACAGAUGAAGAUGAAGAAGCAGAAAUGUCUCGAAGGCUGUCGGUAGAUUACAAUGGUGAGCAGAAACAAAUCUUGCUGUGUAAGGAGCUCUCUGAUUUGGUAUCUAUCUGCAAGUCUGUUCAGUAUAGGGAUUUUGAACUGUCUAUGAAGAGCCAAAACUAUUGGGAAAUGUGUUCAUUUAGUGAAACAGAGGCCAGCCGAAUUGCAAAUGAAUACCCAGAGGAUUUUGUAAAUUAUAAUAAGAGGUUCUUAUCAAGGGUCUAUCCAAGUGCCAUGAGGAUCGAUUCCAGUAACUUGAAUCCACAGGACUUUUGGAAUUGUGGCUGUCAGAUUGUGGCAAUGAAUUUUCAGACUCCAGGUCCAAUGAUGGAUCUUCACACAGGCUGGUUUCUUCAAAAUGGGGGAUGUGGUUAUGUUCUACGGCCAUCCAUCAUGCGAGAUGAAGUUUCUUACUUCAGUGCAAACACAAAGGGCAUUGUACCUGGGGUGUCUCCUCUAGCUCUUCAUAUCAAGAUCAUCAGUGGUCAGAAUUUUCCAAAGCCCAAGGGAGCUUGUGCCAAAGGAGAUGUCAUAGAUCCCUACGUUUGUAUAGAGAUACAUGGAAUUCCAGCAGAUUGUUCAGAACAAAGAACUAAAACUGUCCAGCAGAACAGUGAUAACCCUAUUUUUGAUGAAACUUUUGAGUUUCAAGUAAACCUACCUGAGCUGGCCAUGAUUCGUUUUGUUGUUCUGGAUGAUGACUACAUUGGGGAUGAGUUUAUAGGACAAUAUACAAUACCAUUUGAAUGUUUGCAGCCGGGAUAUCGGCAUGUGCCCCUGCGCUCUUUUGUGGGUGACAUCAUGGAACAUGUAACCCUUUUUGUCCAUAUAGCAAUAACUAAUCGAAGUGGAGGAGGAAAGGCACAGAAGCGCAGCCUGUCAGUGAGAAUGGGGAAGAAAGUUCGAGAAUAUACCAUGCUCAGGAAUAUCGGCCUUAAGACCAUAGAUGACAUCUUUAAAAUAGCAGUUCAUCCCUUACGAGAAGCCAUAGAUAUGAGAGAAAAUAUGCAGAAUGCCAUAGUGUCUAUUAAGGAACUAUGUGGACUUCCUCCAAUUGCCAGUCUGAAGCAGUGCCUGUUGACCCUGUCGUCUCGGCUCAUCACCAGUGACAAUACCCCUACGGUGUCUCUUGUGAUGAAAGACAACUUUCCUUAUCUGGAGCCUCUGGGGGCAAUUCCAGAUGUGCAGAAAAAAAUGUUGGCUGCUUAUGACCUGAUGAUUCAAGAGAGCCGAUUUCUCAUAGAAAUGGCAGAUACAGUCCAGGAAAAGAUUGUGCAGUGUCAGAAAUCAGGGAUGGAGUUCCAUGAGGAACUUCAUAAUCUAGGGGCAAAAGAAGGCUUGAAAGGAAGAAAACUCAACAAGGCAACUGAGAGCUUUGCUUGGAACAUUACAGUAUUGAAGGGCCAAGGAGAUCUGUUGAAGAACGCCAAGAAUGAAGCUGUAGAAAACAUGAAGCAGAUCCAGCUGGCAUGCUUGUCUUGUGGACUUAGUAAAGCACCCAGCAGUGGUGCAGAAGCCAAGAGCAAACGCAGCCUGGAAGCCAUAGAGGAGAAGGAGAGUGGCGAGGAGAACGGGAAGCUGUGACCCUGAGCAGUACUGACACGCUCACCCAUCCUUCCCUUUGAGGACUCUGGUUUUUCUUUCUGGUUUUCUUUCUUUAAGCUUUUUAGAAGUUCACAAAAAGAUGCCCUCUAUAAGGUGUUGGACAUAGAGAGAUAUUUUCACAAUGUCAGUAUUUUAAUGUAGUUAAUUUAUCUAAGUUAAAACCUUUAGUAGCAGUGUUUAAAAUUCUGAGAUGUAUGUACAUACCCAUGUAUGGUUGUGGGUGUGAGUGUGUGUGUAUGUGUGUGUGUGAGAAGACAAAGAAAGAAGAAGGAAAGAAACAAAGAAAGAAAAAAGAAAGAAACAAGAGUGACAGUGAGAGAGAGAAAAAGAUUGAGAAAGAUUGUGAUCCUAUGAAAAUCUAUUCUAUGUUGCAUUAUUCAUUUAGUAAGUUAUUACUUUAUCAUUUUGGGGCAAAUUUGUUAAUCUGAAAUUCUAAAGAGCACUUACUAUAACCAGUUGCUGUGUUUAAUUUUACUUCUCUACCUUUGUCAUUUAAUUUAGAGAUCUUAACAUAGGUUAUUAUCAAAGGAAGGCAAAUUUACCAAUGCAUAGAUGUUUUGAUAGAUUAGAUGUAGAUUAGAAAAAUUCCUAAGAAUCACAGUAGAAAUAAAAGUGACUAAAAGGUAAACAAGUGAUCAGAAUUUCUGAGAUCAGCAAAAUCAUUUCUUCAGUUGAAAACUCUUUAAACUAUUUAUUAAAUAAAAUAACUUUUUAGAAAUUUGUUUUCUAGUUGUUUAAUAAACACAUAUGAUUUCAAUGGAAAAGCUGAUCAUAAAUGAAUUUAUACCCACCUAUGUGGAACUUUGAAACACAGUGAGAGAUCUGUUGUAAUUAGGAUUUUUAUGUGACAUUGCUUUCAGUCAUUCUUCCAAACUGGGAGUCUAGCAUUCAUUUUUUAAAUGCACAUGAGCAGUUAGGAGGCUUGUCUUUGAUUAAAUAUAAUUUAUUGUACUAAAUUUGAAUUUAAAGACAUCAUUCAAACAAUGCCACAUUAUCACGCUGAGCUGAUACAAAUUCUGUGGAUCAGAUAACAUGUUUGUGAUGACUUAAGAACUAACUGAUUACAAAUAAGAUAUGGUUUUAAUACAUGAACAAAAACAUACACACAAAAGAAGCAAACUUAAUUAGGGUACAUUUAUAAUUUUUUAAUAUAAUUUUUAUAAUAUUUAUUUAAAACAUUGCUUUUAUUUUGAAAAGCUUCUUAAUUAAUUUGAUUAACAAAUAUGCUAGUUUUGGGGGAACCUAGGGAAGUAAUUGUUGACAUUUUGCAAAUAUAAGCAUCUUCUAUAGCUACCAUGUUAUUUCUGACUUCUUAACACUAUUAUGUUCAUGUUGCACAUUACUGAAAGUAAAGAUAUGAAACAACA